UCAGAUCGUGACAAUUAUUAUUUUAGUCACUCCGCGCGAUUACGAACGAUUAUCACUAAUUUAUCAGUGACUGCCCGCUCGUAGCCUUGUUGCCGUGACGUUUAUUGCAAUUUCGAACGGCGCGUAGAAAACUACUGUCUAGUUUAAAAUUUUUUUUUUUCCGUUUUUAUUUGUAACAAUUUUUUUUUUCAUACCUCUUCCCGUCUCGCGUCGACGGUGUAACAUUGUGAUGUGUAUUUUUAUUUUUAACUGCAGUUCGGCAAUAAUUUUAUAAAUAUUUGGAAUACCUAUACGUUUCUUUUUGAAAAUUUAGAUUUCAUAUGCGCAACAGGUAAGACGAUUAUCGUUAAAAAUUUUACGGUUUUACACAACCGUAUUGUAUUUUUUUUUAUAAAGUUGCAGUGUGUGUAUUUUUUUUUUUCGAUCGUUAAAAAAUUUUCCGGUUAGUAAAAACACGUUUCCAUAUUACCGUACACCUUAAAUAUACCGAUUUUUCGCCCCGCAGUAUUUUCUUUGGAAAAUAAUUAUGAAUUCAAAAUAGGUUUUUUUUUUUUUUUUCAAAUGAAUUGCAUAAAUUAACAACCAACGGCGGUGCGUCGAUUUUAUUUUUGUUGUUCCUGGGUUACCGACGGUUCACCGAGCUCCUUGUAGAAUCGUUUUUUGAACGCAAUUGUUUAUAAAUAAUUACCGUCUAUACUUUCUCAAAUUUUCAUCUACAACCAUGGCCCACCCAAUAUGCCUGUUUGUCAAACCAAAAGUAGAUCAUAGUGACUUAGGACAUUAUUUUGAUUUUCGGUAUAACAUGUCCUAGAGUACACUAAUACCAAUUUAGACCAAAAAUCAAAGGGGAAAAAAAUCACACAAUACAACACUAUAGGGGGGGAAAAAAAAUGCUAAUAUUGCCUUGAGCUCUUUUGUUCGCCGGGACCAAAGAAUUUGUACAAACGUAUUUUUUUAAAUUGAUUAUACAAACACGAGCUGCUAUGUAUAUAUAGAUAGGUAUUGCAUAUGGCAUGUGCUAAUAAACAAUCGGACAUUAUAAUAAUAUGUCAUAUGACGUGCCAUGUAGAAUGUUUUUGAGAUUAUUUUGUUAUUUCAGUAUUCGGUGUACAUAAUUGUGUAUAUUAUACUGCUGGUGUACAAUCUGAAACAUAAUCUUUUCGUUUAUCAAACGUUCGGUUUUUAAGGAACCGACGCACUAUAUUUGUCUGUAAUUGCAUAAUGACUACAGAGAACGGAUUUGUAUGCGAAUGCAAAUAUUUUUCAGACCAAUAAGCCGUUUUAAAUCUCAAAUGCAUGUAUGUAAAAAAUGAAUUUGUUUUUAAUUAGCGGAUAUUUUUGUUUUUAGUCUAUUUUUCAUUUGUCAAUGUUCAGACGCAUAGUCCCGACCCGCAGUGAAUCGGUUAAAUAGCCCGUGCGCCACGUGCACUCUUGUCGAUUUUUCGAGUCUUCUUAACGGGCCAAAAUCGCAUCGAUCGAAAAUUUUAAUCGAGUACAAUUAAUGUCUAACGAAUUAAAUACGUUUCGAUUAUACGAAAUUUCGAGUGUAUAUUUAACAAAAAAAAGUAAAUGCUGCGCGUAACGUUGCGUUGUAUUUUUUGUAGUAUUUUUAAAAGCGUAUUUUGAGGGUUUUUCGCGCACACAAUAUGUAAAUCCGUUCCCAGCCUGCCGUACAAUAUUUAAUAAGCCGUUUUGCAAUACAUUUAUAAUCUAAAAUUUCAAAUCGCAUUAGCAUCUAUUUCCAAACACAAAUGAUAAAUUCGAUAAAUUCGUAUAUUAUUAAAAAUAAUUUUUGAAAGCAAAUAGAUAAUAAAAUGGAUUUUAAUUAUUAUAAAUAUUCAGCUCGCGUAAUAAUAUUGUAUAUAUUUAAUAUUUUAGUAUACAAUGGGAAUAUAUUUAUUUAAGAAUUCGUGUGUUGCAGAGUUUGUUAAACGUUAAACGAUAAACGAUAAACGAAUUAUAAAUUUAGAAAUUAUAUUAAUUAUCUUUAUAGGUUGUUAAGAUGAUAAUUUAUUAUGUCGGCUUAAUAACACCCAUUGAGUUCAAUUUUUUAGUAUUGAAAAAAAAAAAUCGAUCGAUAAAUAAAUAAAUUGUUACUAACGAUCUGACCAAUAAUAAUAUUUGUCCGCGUAUCAUAAUAUUAUAAUAUUUUGAAUAAUCUAUUUCGGAAAAAAAACAAAACGAUAUUUAAUCGUUUUCUAUUUUAGUCGUGUGUCUUUCGAUAUGAUGUGAGUUUGUCGAAUCACAAUAAUAUUAUGAUGACGAUGAUGACGUAUACACAAAGUCUGUGUACCUGUGCAUAAAAUAUUGCUGUGUAGAUCGAAUUUAUCAGGGGCGCAAGUUUCACCAGGAAAAGUCAUAUAAUUCGUUUGGGCGUCUUAUUAAGUUAUUAAUUAAUUCGAAUUUUAAAACCGUCGCGAAGGUCUGCUGUGCACCUAAUAACUAUAAUAUAGCGUGUCAACAAUAAUAACUCACGAUCAGAUUACCCAACCCGCUAUCUCUUCGAAUUCCAUUAUAUACGAUUGCGUUAUGAGAAAUUGAAUACGCGUAUUAAAUUCGUUUAGAACAACAUCAAAGGUCAUAAUAAAAAAAAAGUAGCAAACCGUCUGACAUAUUUUGCACUACGGGUGGGCCACUUUUGUGGGUGAGAGGUUGCGAAGGUAAGAUUUAGAGGGUAAUUUAAUGUACACAACGAUUGGUAACGAAAAACGAUUUUGAGCAGAGUUCCGUCAAUAGUAUUGCUUUUUUAACAAUGUGCGUUUUCACGGCAACAAUAGUUGUUUAAAAAAGAUUAAAAUAAAUAAAAACGGUUGUCGAUGACGGCCUUUAUGAUAACGUACCGAGGCUGGGCAAGUCAAUGAUAUAUUUUAACUUGGAUAAUUUUUUUUUUUCAAUCAAAUUUAAAAUAAAGGUAAAAUAUACCAUUAAAUUCAUUAGAGGUAUUAAAAAUUUAAAUACUUAAUGAAUGUAAGUGCAAACAUGAAAUAUUACCUAUAGAUUCGUACCAUUUAUGGAACUAUAAUCAUAAUUCAUACUCAGGGAUCGCUUAAAUUUAAAUUUGAGAGUAAAAGUGGUUACUGUAUUAUUUAAAAAAAUAAAUAACUUAAACAAAGAAAUACAAAAACUGCCUAUUCGUUAAAUGUUAACAACAGAUCUUAAGUAAUACUUAAGUAAGUAUUAUGAAUAUAAUUCGCGGGCUCGUGGCUAUUAAUGUCUUUAUUAUUGUGAUAAAUUAGUUUUAUCUAUAAAUAUAAAAAUUCUCCGUAAAUACUGGUAUAUUAUCUUCUUUUUUUUUUCUUUCUAAUAAUAUUUGAUGAUUUUUCACAUCUAGUUACUCUUAAAUCUAUGAACUUAUAAUGUUUUAAACGGAAAACGGUAAUAAAAAAAAUAUUUUUCUAUAUAAUAAGAAAAUUCAUAACUUACUUAAUUGGGACUAAUACAAUCAAUUUAAGUCGAUUUUAAGUAGACGUAGUAGUAGGCGAACGAGUUAAGUUUAUUCAAAUAUCAAAUCAGUGAGUUAAUAAGUUGAAAUUAAAUUAACUUUUAACUUUUGAAUUCGUUAAUUCCCAGUCUUGUAACGCCAUUCUGGUCCAUUCUUCCCGGCGGCGUUGCCCGUCCUAAAAGAAAAUAUUCUAUCCAACAUUACGAAUUAAGGGGAGUUAACCGUUUCUGUCAAAAAUGUACCUUUCCCUUUCCACCAAAUGAAAAAAAUUAGUCUAAUAUUUGAAUAUUAAUGGACAAUUGUAUCAUAGCUUAUUAUUAUUUUCUUUAAUGGAACAAAUUUAUAAUAAUAACACGAAUAAGUUCUAACUUAUACAAUAAUAAAAAAAAGUGAUUAUAUUUCUGAUAUUUUUUAUAUAAAAUAUUGUAGUAAGACAAUCGUUAUUAACAACUACUUUUACCUUGCAUUCAAUAAAUAAUAAAUACAAUUUUUAUCACGCAUAAAUAGAAAAAUAUUUAUGAUUUUUAAUUUGUUUUUUUUGUCUAAUUAAUAAUUGUACACAAUCUUCCAUUAAUAUUCAAAUAUUAGACUAAUAUUUUACAUUUGGCGGAAAAAGGAAAGGUACGUUUUUGGUGGAAACCAACCAUGUCCCGAACUAAGUAACCAGUUCUUAUAGUAACUGGUGUUCGUUGUACGCAUCCUCGCAUAAACCGUUACGGUCCUUACACGGUCUACCUGAAGAUUAUUAAUUUGUUUUACAUUUUUUUUUUCGUCCGUAUCACCUUGUAUACAACUCAUAAAUCGACGAAAAUAAUUCGAUUUCCGUACCGUAAAUACCAAUAACUCUGUGUCAGCCCCUCCCGUCCACUUUUAGGGAUUAAACUCGGGGGGGGGGGAGAAGUAGCUUAUCGAUAGUUCCUGGUCUAGAACUACGUCUGCGCCGAGUUUAGGUUCGGGGGUUUUUGCGCGGAACGGUAACAGACGGUGUCCAUCCCAACAAUAAUACAUUAUUAUCAUAAAUAAAAUUUACAUUGAUGCAAUACCGAUUCGUUCCGCGACGUGUUAUUUCGUACGCGUUAUUCAUUCCCGUUAAAAUUAUGGUUACAGCAGAAAUCGGUUACCGGCAUUACCACCACGACCGAAUAGUGUACGUACCACCGGCCAAGCCGAACAUGUUCGGUCUCGCGGCGCACCACCAGUACGGCGGCGGCCCUCCACCGGCACCGCCGCCACAGCCGCCGACGACCUCCGACCCGACGGUCACGGGCACCGGCGCUGCGGCGCACACGUGGCAAAAUUCACCGGCGCCGGCCCAUCACCACAACCGGAGUCACCACGUGGCGGUGACCGCCGCGGUCGCAGCAGCCGCGGCCGCGGCCUCCGGUCCGCCGACCAACAGCAACAUUAACGGCGGCAGUGGUACCCCGGGCGGCGGACACCAGAGCGGUCCGAACGCCACGACCCCGUCGUCACCGUCGUCGGCCACGCCGCCGUACUACCAGAGCGCGGCGGCCAUGAUGUGGUCCAACCCGGUGUUCCAGAGCCAUCAAUACGGUACGUCGAUUUUUAUUAUUUCGUAUGUUUCUAAAUCAAUCUGCUGAUCCGGCGGAUCGCUAAACAGAUUUGCAUAGAGCUUAGCAAAGAUUUUUUUUUGUUAUUAAGUUUCAACGCGUGGGAAUACGGACAAAUAUUAGAAUGCGACGUUUUCCAUCAUGGGCCAUAAUCGCACAAAUUUAUUAUUCUUAUUAUUUUUCAUUAUUUCGGACGUACGAAUUAUGAAGUACGAGUAUCUUAAACACUUCGCGCGUUUUAUACGGUUUCUCUCUCUCUUUUUUUUUUUUUUUUGUAAUAUGGGUAGUUUAAAUAAAAAAAUAAUGUAUUAUUUAAUUUUAAUUUCGGCGCGUAAAGUGUUUAUCACAUCGAUCCGAGUAAAUACUCUUCAAUCCGCAAAAUAUCGGAUAAUCAGUCCGCGGUGUGGCGCACCCCCCCUCCCCCAGCAGUGACAAAAGUGAACAAGUUUUUCGUUCAAAGACAAUGAAAUUUCCCUAACGAAAAAUUUGUCUAGGAAUGGAUUUUCGCAUCGACUUUUUCCAUAGUAUUUCAAUACCGGCAAACGUCACUUGUUCGACAAAUGAUCAGAACCGUUUUCGGAAACUCCACAUAUUAACACACUGCACACAGAGCGCACGAAAUAAAAUAUUAUAUUAGUACGUGGUUUUGCAUAAUAAAUCAGGAAUUUUCGAUCAAUUUCCUCCAUUCGCUUCCUCUAAAGUCUAAAGGCUUCAGACGAAGACAUAUUACAAUAAAAUCUAGUAGUAUUCAGUAUUCAUAUAUUACACAUUUAAAAUAUAUAGAUACAGGGAUCACGCUUUCGGUCUGUUAUUAUCUGUGUUUUUUUUUUAAUGUGUUUAAAACAUUUUAACGAUGUUUUUUUUGUUUGAAAUUAUGUUUUAUCCGUUUUAAAUGGUUUUUUAACAUUAUUUAAACAUCUUUUAUUAUUAAAAAUGUUUUUUUACGUUUACAUGGAACAUACAUUUCGUUUAAACUAUAAACAGCUUUUUUUAAUGAUCCCUUUUUUACUUCAGGACAGUUUAUAAUAACACAGUUAAAAUAAUGUUCGUUAGUUUUAACUAUAAAUUUUAAUAUACAAAGUACUAAAACUAAAAAAAAAAAAACAAAGUUUAAAGCAUGUUACUAUAAAUUGUAAAUAUUUUAAUUCCGUAUAAAGAAUACUGAAUGAUAAUUAACCAUGAAUUAAAAUAAUAUUAUACUGAAAUUUAAACUGAAAAUGAAUAUUUAUCAGUUUAACAUUUUUUUAACUUUUAAUCUCUGACGAAACAUUUACAAGUUACAUAAGAUAAAAUGAUUUGUUUUUUUUUUUUUUUUGGCUUAAAUAAAACGUUUUGAAUGUUUAUGCAUUAAACGUUUAAAAUAAACCCACUUAUUUAAAACGUUUUAAAAACACUUUGAAACCCUGCUUUAAUCUAACAUCACUGCUCCAGAGUAUUAACUGAAUAUGACGGUACUCAUCACAUUAAUACAUAUAUUUAAGGGGCGGUGAAUAGGCAAUUUAAACGAAAUUCUUUUGAAAAGAAAAACGGAAAUCGGCUAAUUAUAAAUUAUUCAAAUACUCUCAUUAUUAUAUUAUUCAAAUUCACUGUAUAACAUCGUUUUGAAAUCGGUGUCAUCGACAAAACAAACAGCGAUUAGCAUUCGAUCGGUUUUACCCGUUUAUCAGUGUUUAUUAACUCAACAGUUUUUGUAUGUGUACUUUGGUAUUUUUUCAACGGUCUAGAAAACAGAUCGAUACGUUAUUGUUGUAACGUUAUCGUGUUGCGGGCCACAAAACCGUAAGUUAUAACGCUUUGGCUUUUUUUUUUUUACUAUUAAUUAAUUUACUCGGUCAUAACAAAAUAAAAACGACUCUAUAAGCAAUAAUUACGGCCGUUGCGACAUUUCGUUUCCCAAAAUGGGCCGUAAUUAACGAAAUUACGGCGAACUUACUCGGUUCUCAUAAAGAUCGUAAUAUUAUAUUUAUGUAACGCACAAAUCGUCCGGACCGGUGUUUUUCUAACUUCGUGAAUUCGUUUUUAAAAUAUAGAUCGUCGCGUUCGAUGAUAAUAAUAAUAUAAUUGCCGAUAACAUUAACAUAACCAAAUAACUCGACAGUUUGUCAUCGACGAACGCCGCAAUAUUGUGCCUCGUCGCAACCGUACAAUAUCGAUUUCCCACCGCCGCUGUUUAAAUAUCGUAUGCUAAUAGCAAUUUUCUACAAUAUUAUUUACGUUCAGAUAAUGUAUUCAAAUUCGUUAGUUGUUCGUUAAUAUAAGCGGGGUACGUCGUAUAUUAUUACGCGGACGCGAAAACGCUUAACGCUAAAUACCGGCGUCGACCCGGCGCAUCAAAGGCUCCUGGAGUUUUUUUUUUUUUUUUUUUUUUUUAUAAAGGGCUCCGCGGACGGACGUAAUAGCCACGGAAAUCAGCGCGAUAUCGGGUCGGAAAUCGAUAAUAUUUUCUGAAAAUAACGACAGAUUUCACGGUAACGAGGCUAGCUUAGGUUUGGUUAGGUUGGGUUAUUAUGUUAGCCUAAGCGGUUUUCUGCGACAUUUAAAUUUUCGGUAAUUUGUGUAGACAUUUACUCAACGCACUAUCUUCUGUACUAAAAAAUAUAUUUUAUUUAUAUAUUUGUAACUGACAAGCUCGAAGACUACUUAACCGAUUUCAAAAUUACUUAGACCUAUAAAAAGUUACGUUAUUAGCGAGUAACACGGAUUGUAUUUUAUUUUCGAAAAAAUUGAAGAUCCCUACGAAAAGUGCUAUAACUAGGUUUUUAGGUGUUUUCGGUACGAUUAUCUAAUUGUUUAUUUUUUUUUUUUUUGUUUAUUCACGUGUUACCUCGUUGACAUGAAUGAUAAUUUGGUUUUCACGGACAAGAAAACUAUUAUUACUAUUAUUAUUAUUUUCACUAUUAUCUAGCAAAAGCAAAUCAUUGCCGGGUCACCUAGUUAAUCAAAAAUUAAUAAUGUUUGUUUUAUAUUUUUUACUGUAGUCUGCAAUAGUAAACUAAAAUAAUAAUAUAUUUAAUGUUUAUAUUUAAAAUUUCCGAACAAAAGGGACAGCCAGCAGGUAUAGUUCAAUGGCGAAAUUUUAUAAAUCUCGGGGCCUGAAAGGUUUCCAGACAUCAACACGACUUGGGAGCAAUGAUCUAGCUAUUAUUCAGGCAUAGAAUGUAGAGGAGCUUAGGGGUUUAUAGUUCCUGAAAUUUCCUCUGACCCUUCUCAACAUUUCUUACAGUUUCCCUGAAAAUGAGCACGCAGUAAAAGAUUUUAAAGUCACCCUUUUUUUUUGUAAAAAUGUACAGAAUAAGUUUAGUUUAGCCCCCCUUUCGAAUCCUACGCCAAUGCGGUCACUGCUACACACUCACGAGUAAUCCGUAUAAUAUGAGUAUCUUACACAUUUUAUUAAAAUCGGUUUUAACGUAGCAAUGUGAACGAUUGUAUAAUAUAAUAUAAAUAAUAAAUAAUAUCUAGGAAUGGGUAGUUCGUGAAGGAGCUGACCGUGGUUGACAGUGGUUGUUACCACCGGUUUAAUACAAUUCACAAAUCACGAAUAUGUGUUAUCACUUAUCAGUUCCUGAAUUAUUGGUGCUAUACUCAUUUAGUUUUAACUGAUGAGUACUUAAAUUAUUCAUAAAUCUGGUAACUCGUCUGAACCGUAAUGUAAACACUAUUAAAUUGUAUCGUUAUGCAAUGACAAAUCAUGUUAUAGAAGUCUGACGUAAUUUAUGACAAUUAUUCGUGAUAUACUUUAAUAAACUAAAAUGUAAUGAACUGAGAACUUGAGAUUUGACUCAUUGAGUUAACUUAUUAGAGUGAACUGUUUCGUGGCAUUCAGUUGAAAAUCCCAUCCCUAAAUUAGUACCAUAGUGGGUACGUUCUGCAAGAAACGUUCGGUUUCGCUCAGAAUGACUGCAGCACUGUUCUAUUAUGCAACACGUGAAAUAGUUUGGGAACCCCAAUAAAUAAUAAUGUUAUAAUGAUCGCGUAUCACGGGAAAACUGUAAUAAUAAUACCGUGAUAAAAUUACAAUAAUAUGUAACGACCGAGGAUAACAAUAUUAUUAAAAUAAUAUUAUAAUCGCUGGACUGCAGUCGCUGCCACAGCGGUCGUAUCCAUAAAACUAAUCGCUAAAUUGAAUAAUUAAAUGAUUCGUUAAUUAUUGUUGCGUUGUAUCGAAUCGUGAAUAUCAAAUCCCUCAUUCUCCCCUCCUUUAAACGCAACGAAUUUUAAACUUCUAGACUUUCUGUACAAUGUAUAUUAUAUAUAGUUAACGGAGGGCCAUUUAAUAAUAUUACGUCGGACCGAUGAGAGAAUAAUGGACGGAGAAGCGCUAGAACAGACACGAAUCGGGAAAAAGAACUCUGCGGUAAAGUUUGAUAGGAAGACGAAAUCAUCGACUCGACUAAUAUUUAAACGUGCACGGCCUGUGUCGGCCCGAUAGUGGCCGCUAAGUCGCGAAUGCAGUCGAGACCCCCGGUCGUGUCGUGUCUGUGGACUCCUCGGGUCCCGAAAUUGAUAAAAUAUCACCGUUUAAUUGCUUCUACUGUCUUUUGCGUUUCAGAUUGAAUGUGCUUAAUAUUGUUUAGACUUUAUUGCAGACUGCAGUUAAAUAAUAAAGUCUAUUAAUUCAAUAUUAAAAAUUGUGCUGACGCACAUUUUAUAUAAAAAUUACUGACAACUAAAAUAUAAUUUACAAUAGGUUUUGUCAGUGUAGCAUAAUAUUAUAUAAAUAAUAGCUACCUAGCUAUAAAUACCCACGUCACCGCGAAGUCCGUUUUUCAGCAAUAUUAUUGACUGAUGACAUUAAUUAUUCCCAUGAAUCGUGCCGAUAUUCAUUCAUCAUUGCCUUAGGUCGACACUGUGAAAAUAAUGUUGAAAACACCUAUAGGCUGGAAUAUAUACAAUCAUAGAUUAUGAAUUAGAUGAUUCGAUGAUAAAAACUACUGAAAGGGAAAGCGGACGACAGAAACGGGGUGAAUUUAAAAAUCAAUCAGACGGUAAGAGAGAAAGAAGGAAAGAGAGCAAAUCAAUAUAAAUGUAACAGAUAUGGUCUGCAGUUCAUUUAUUGUGCCUGUAAAUGGCGAAUUCAAUGUUUGUCGGAACGUUCGCUGGAAAAUUUGAAGAAUUUGUUCUUUUUGAAUAACUACGAAAAUCAACUACAAAAUCGGUUUAUUUUUUAAUCAGACACAUUUAAGAUUCAAGUUUAUUAAAAAAAAAAAAUGCCUUUAUCUGGUCGUUAUUAAUUUAUAAUAUUCUUUACGAUGAUGAUCUUCCCGACACUUAUCUGACAUUAUCAAUUAUAAUCAUUAAAAUUUAAUCGACCAUAUUUUAUAAUAAUGAGUCGUUAUUAAAAAAAAAAAAAAAAUUAUUAUAGUUGAGUAAUCUGAUUUUUAAUCAAUGAUAAUUGAUAAUAAUAUAUACUUAAUUAUAUUUACUCGGGCAAUAAAUAAAUGUUAAAUAUAUUAUAAUAUUAUUAUGAUCUAAAUAAAAUCGUUAUAAUAAUAUAUUAUAGCUAGUGCAGUUCAACAUAUAGAUACAAAAAACAUUGAACGUGGUUUUAUCAUAGACAUUUAAUAUAAUAUGGGUUUCGCUCCGCUCAUACCCCGCCAUAGAUUGCCUAGGCAGUACCGACAUUUUUAAAAAAACAAAGCCGGGCAAAGAUUAUUUAUUAUUUAUUUAUAUUGAAAUGUAAGUUUUUAAGUUAUAUUAUUUGAUAAAUUUUAAUUUAAAUAGUUUGAAAAAAAAAAAACAAAAUUUUAAUCAAUAACUUGAUUAUUUAUUUAAUAAAUAAUUUUAAUCCAACUUACCUAGUUAUUUUGUUCAAAUUUAAAUUAUUUAUGAAAAGUUAUCAUGUAUUUAAAAAUGUUUUAUGUACAAACUUAUGCAUAUGACCUACGGUACUUGUGUUUAUUUUUGGACGAAAAUUACGAAUUUUUACCGUAAAUGUGAAAACCAUCAUCGCACAACGGGCAUAAGUGGUUUAUGGGAUACUCACGUGAGUUAUGUAUCGGCUAACCAUGUUCCACCUCGAGGUGUACAAUAAUGUAGAAAAAAAAUUUUAUGAUUGUAGUCAAUUUUAUGUCUCCCAUAGUUUAUUUUACCCUAUAUUGACACUGCGGCUAGUUGAUUCAGGAAAAAAAAAAUCGUUGAAACGUUGUUCAAAUAACAUGUCAAUAUUAAAACGAUAAUUAUUAUAAUUGCAUUAAUGAUAUAAUCUAUAAAAAAAAAAAAAAUUCUGCGAUAUUAAUAAUAAUGAAAACUUGUUAUGUGGGUCGUUCUGUAUAUCAUUAUAAUUUAAUAAUAUUAUAUUGUUAUUUUAAAUUUAUAACACAAAACCAUUACAAUUAUCAUCAUAAUAAUUGAUUUAGAUAAAACGAAGUUUUUUUAGAGAUUAUUUAUAAGUUUUUUUUUUUUUUUGAUUUUUUUUUAAUUAAAAUCAAAACCAUUAAAAAAUUAUUAAUACAAAAUAAUAUGAUACCGAUGCGCGCGUAUGCAGUUUAUGCGAUUCAGUUUAACAACAGAUGUUAUUUUCUUUUGCGGUUUUCAAUAUUAUUACCAAUGGUUGUCAGUGCUGAUGGUCACGCAGUAAUUUACGAGUACCUAUCUAUUUAAAUUUUAAGUAUUAUUUCAAAGGUAAAUCUAUAGUAAUUAUAUUUCUCGUUAAAAUAUGUUCGUAAACCAAAUAUUACUUAAUCGAUAGAUUAUUUAAAUUGCUGUAAUUUCAUUAUUAUUAUUAUUAUUAUUAUUUUUUUUUUUACAAAUUAAUCAAAAUGAACAUAGUAUUAGUCUUUCGAAUACAUUUUUGUGUAUCACGCAAAAUAUUCGGUUUUUAGUAGAAAACCCGGGGUACGUAUAGGAAUAAAAUCUUCGACGUUUCAAACGCAGUUUUCCCUUGCGGCCCUUUCUGUGGCACGCCUUUUCACCAAACAAUCUUGCGUCGAUUAUACUAAUAUAAUGAUUAAGUCACUUUUAAAAUGUUUUUGCCGGAUUUAAAUUUCUUUUCCGUGCUAUUGUCCACGUCCAGUUUACAUAAUUUGCAUGUUCAGUAGCAUCGGGUCAGUUUUGUAAUGGUCUGGUCAAUGAAGUCAUAUAGUAAUAAGUACCUACUUAUUCAUCGACUGUUUAUUAACUAUAAGCAUACCCUCUCCAUUCCUUCUCCCGAACGUUUAAUUAUAUUUAUAAAAAUACCUCGAUAUUAAACAUUUUAUGCUUUUGCUCGUUUCGUCAUUUUUAUUGUAUAUUUUUAAAAAUGUUUGAGUGAUAUCCACUCUUCAGCUCAAAAAAUAAAGGUUGCACUCUAUAGGUUUAUUCUAUUUUGUAUUUCAACGAUAGAACUCGACCAUAAUACGAAUAUAUCAAAUAUUAAUUACGCGCUCACACAUUUCGGGCACUUUUGAUCAAUACAUUAGCAUCACUAAAUCAUAAUGUAACGUUAUGCGCCAAAGUCCAAAAUUGUAUGUAUGUGCUCACUGUUUAUAGUACAAGUAUUACAUUAUAAUAUAAUAUUUUAUUCAUCACGUCUAGACUGAUAACGGUCUUUUUUCUAUUUAAAUUUAUUUCGGCCCAAAAAAUUGUUAGUAAUAAUAUCUCGUGUCUUAGCCGUUUAAAAAUAUAUAUAAGUAAAUACUCGUAAGUCUCCAAGUAUUGUCUCCAACAAUGUCACCGUGUCUGUCACGCGAUUCGUUCUCUCUGUUCUAUUAACGCAUCUCGAUAUAAAUAAAACCCGAAAGGAGAAAUAAAACCAAAUAUAAUUUUCCAAAAUGUAUUUUCUAUUUGGACGAAACGCACGCAAUAUUAUCACGUUAAUCGGCGAUAAAUCUUAUGAGAAAAAGAAAAACGAACAUUAAAUAUCGUUAAAUUAUUACACAGCAUUCAGUUCUGUUAUACAAAAAAAUAUUAAUACCUGUUUAUUAUUAUCUUCUAUACCGCGAGAUAACGAUUAUUAUACAGGUACUGUUUGAAGUAUAUUAUACUUGUAAAUCUCCACCCCUCCUCGCCCGCACCAAUAAAUACACUGUGUAGACAUGCGAAAUAUAUUGAGUUUCAAUGCGAUUUAUUGUUUUGCCAUCGAAUUAUCGUAUAAUCGCAAUCGCAAUCUUAAAUAGUAAUCCGGCAUGCCUACUUAUAAAACACCUUCUGUAGACUUGCUAAAUAGAAUAGUAUAUAAAAAAAAAUAUUCUGCGACCGUUUACAAACAAAAACGUUUGAAAAAACUGAUGACGUGGAGCUUCACGAAUUUAGAACUAGUCGAUUCGCACAACCUCCUGCAGUCCGGGCGCAAGACUGGCGACAAACCCACUUCGAAAACGUAACAAUAUUCAAUGACACUUAAAUAAUAUAUUUUAAUUCGCGCGGAUUUGUACACUCGCGGUGAAAAACUGAAUUUAUAAUCAAGAAUUUCUUUUGAGAAAAUUUUAGAACUGCUUAUCUAUCUUGUUUAAAGGUCAUAAAUGGGGGGAAAAAAAACUCAGACGUGAGUGGGAGGAGAGGCCAACGUUAUUUUUCAAAAUAACCUUUUCUUGGCGUCUCGCUGAGAUUUUUUCUAUUUUGAAACGAUUUUGAUCAGAUCCGAUCACGAGAGUUAUUCGUUUCUGUCAAAAUGAAAACAAUAGUGUUGUUUUUAUAAUCUUCGAUUCUUCGAUUCACUGUAAUAAAUUAUGAUAACCGGCGUGUAUAGUAAUUUAAUCGGUUUUUUGUCCGAAAUCACGAACGUCAUUAAAUCAUCCGAAUAAUGUAAUUAAUUAUUAUCUAAUCGUCGUAUACGGAAAUAAUAUUUACAGCGCAUUUUUAUAACAUUUUAAUGAUUUACUUGUACCUUGGUUUGUCUCUACGAUUACAAUCUAUCCCCAUAUAAUUGAAUUCGUGUCGCGAACGAUCGAUUCGAAUGUUAUAUUACGAGAUCUAACGGAUUGGUUUUAUUUUUAAUUUUUUAUACCUACUUUAUCCUUUAUCUUGUGUUACGCACGUACGUAAUUGAAGAACAAAUAUACUUUUUACACUAUUAUAAUCGUGUACUUACCUAUAUAUAUUAUGUUCGUAUAUAAUAUUAUAUUCGUAAUCGUGUUAUUUUUUUUCGUUAUCUAUAAUAUUUUUCUUGAUUAUCAAACACUUGUUGAACGACGAACAUUAAACAAACAGUUCCAAUUCGAAACUGCAUAUCUUAUUACAUUUUAGACACGUAUAAAACCGUUUCGAACGCGCUCGCGUAAUAUUGCUCGUCGUACAACAACAUUUCGUUGUAAAAAUCGAUUAAAAUAUAUCAUUAAACGAUAUUAGUUGCUAUCCAGCGAUAUAUGGUGACGGUCGCCUUUAAAAGUUUUAACAGCCGUUACAUAUUUUUGUGUACGGCACGUCGUCGUCUCGCUCUCGUUCGUUUAGAAGUAAGUAUAAUAAUAUAAUCAGGGGUGUGUUUACGUUUAGGCACUACAGGCACGUGUCUAUAAUUUUAACGUUGCUUAUCAAAUGCCUCCCCCGGGUGGACAUUUUUCCUUUGGUUUUAACUGUUUGCUUAUUUUACGUAAGAGGGUUGACAUUUUAUACCCUGACUGAAAGUGGUGGAAUUUUUUUUUUAAAUAGCCAUUUUUAUAAUUUUUGCUCAUUAUAUAAUUCCCGUAUAAGAGGAGCGGCAUUUUUAAGUGUCUCGGGAUGCCAAAAUUUUAAAUACGCCCGACACAUAACGUAACCCCGAUAUUAUUUGUACCGAUUUCUGCAGGGUUACGGCUUAGAAUUGUUUAUUAAUUUGUAAACCUGCAAUAAUUUAUCGUUUCAUAACAAUAUAUAUUAACUAAACUAAAGUGUACCCUACACACCCAAUCUAGCUCACUUACAGCAGUAUCGACUUUUAAAUUCUUAGCGAAGCGAGACAUGUGUUGAUUUUACUAAGAUGUGUUUUUAUUUAAAUCUUUUUUUUUCUUUACACGUGUCUAUAAAUAACUUUUCUACUUAUCUUGCUCAGAUUGAAAAGUUCAUAGGAAUACUCUUGUAGAAUUUUUUAUUUAGUUGAUUGAGGAAGUCUUUUUUGUUUUUACAUUUUCCUCGUAAUUAUUUUCAAUAAACGACAAAAACUAACGGUUUAUCGUAUAAUUUUUGUCGAUUUCCGGGUCACCUUGGCUACUAAGGGAACAAAUACUACUUACAAUACUCGUAAUAACGUUCAGAAUCGUUUUCCGUUAAUAAUGGCCUUUCGUCACGUACAGUUAUAAAUUAAAUAAUUGCCUAUACUCUACGCAUCGUCCCUUUUAAUUUCCCACCUGAAACAGUUGCACACACAUCGUCGGCGAUAUCUACCUUAUUUUAUUUUUUUUUUUUUUUAUAUCGAAGAAGACGGGCGUCGGGAGUUAAAAUAAUUAACGUUAUUUUCCGACAGCGGUGGCGUCGUCGCGAUAGGUAUUGAGGAUGAGGUCGUGUGUCUGUGCGUAUGUUACAUUAUUAUUAUUAUUACUAUACGUGUGCGGGUAAAGCAAAAGAUAAAUGAUCGACUACCGUUUUCUGGUGGCGUCGACGCCGACGACACGACAAUCCGAUGACGACGACCGGUUUCCUCUUCUUUUUCGUCGUCGUCGUCGUGUGUUGGCGCGUCGAAGGCGGCGUCGUUUGUACCCAUAGACGGGGUUAUUUUUUAUACGCGCAAUAUUAUAAUAUUAUACCUGUAUAAAAAAAAAAAAACCGAAAACAAAAAAACCGCACCACCGCCGCAGCCGACCUCCGGAUCCGAUUGGAACAUGACAAAUUACUCAACCCGAGGGACCGAAAACAAAAAAAAAACACGAUCAAUUAGUCCCGGAGUGCAUUAACCGGUUGCCCCCACUUUCCCGAUACUCUGCGUCGUUGCCCGACGCAGCAUUACCGCCACGCAUCGCGUCCGUAUGGUAAUUUAUGUUUGGCGCCAUAAGGUUUAAAAAAAAAAAAACGCGAGCGCGUGUGCACACACACACACACACAUACGGAUAUUAUAACACACACAUUGUUAUCUUUUUUUUUUUUUUAAUUUUAAUAAAUCUUUUCUCUUUUUUUUUUGACGUCACCGCAUCCCGGGACUAGUCUGUUUUCGAUAAAUUAUUGUAUUAUUGCUUUUUCGAUCAGUAAUUAUUUAUAGCGAUUUAAAUAUUAAUCGUACUUAUACAUUAUACGCAUUUCAGACACCGGUAUGGAUUUGAAUUUCGGAGACGGUCGGGAGUGCGUCAACUGUGGCGCCAUCUCCACGCCGCUGUGGCGCCGGGACGGCACGGGACACUAUUUGUGCAACGCGUGCGGGCUGUACCACAAAAUGAACGGCAUGAACCGGCCUUUGGUUAAGCCCGCCAAGAGAUUGGUCGCAUUCGAGACGGUGAGUAUACGUAAAAUGAAACCGAUACGAGAAACGGACGGUUUUUUUUUUUUUUUUUAAGAGAAAACGCCAAGUCAAAAACAGCUACCUAAACCAGUGGAUUUCAACCCUUUUGGAUCCACGGCUCCUCUGAUUUUGAAAACUAAAUUAGUGGCUCCCGUACAAAUAAAAAUGAUAAUAAUACAAAUUAAAAUAAAUACGUUUACUUUAAUACGCUCUACUAUAUUUACUAUAGACGCGGUUCCCUUGAUAAUAUAUCCCUUGACACAAUAUUCCUGCAUUUUUGUCUGGAUAUUCGGUCAAAAACUUAGUACUCGCUUGUAAAAACGAAUGUACCACUUCCUCUAAAACGCGUAUCAGGUAGUAGAUUGUGGGAAAAGUCUUAUCGUUAAAUUACAAAAAACAACUUUUAAAUUUUACAAAAUCGGAAAACAAUUUCAAAACCGUCAUCAAUAAUACACUUAUGCUAACAAAGUGUAUUAUUGAUGACGGUUUUGAAAUUUAAGGCCUUUUAAUUCAAGUAAGAUUCCAAAUGCAUGUCGUUAUAUUAAUGUAAUAAAAAGCCUUCAUCUACUGAUAAUAAUUGCGGCUUUAAAUUUUACGUACAGGUUUGAUGUAUAAAUCGAAAACGAUCAAAAUUGACUUGAGCGCAUUUUUCAUCAACAAAUGUCCGAUUACAUUUCAUUACCUAUCAGUGGUCGUCGUGUCUACCGCAUUCCAUAAAACAUAAAUUAUGGCAUUUACGUUGAAAUAAAAAUGUGUUUGAUCAUUGAUCACAAACACAACAUUUUUAAAUUUGCAGAAUGGUUUAAUUUAAAUGCGAUUUCGAAAAAAUCCUCUCAUUAUGUUUCGAGACACGUUUUUUUUUUCUGAUUACACCGCUUUCCCCCCAAAAUUUACGAUAAUAAUACGAUAUCCGUUGCAUAACAACAGGAGACUGCUUGCGAAAAUCAGAUUUAAAACUUAUACGACGUCCGUUAUUUUGAACACUUUUACAGUGCCUAUUGAAAACAUAUUUUAUCAAAUCGUUACACGGGAAUUUAUAUGAAUUCCGCUGUAGAUAGUGUUUUGGGUUUUUUUUUUUUUUUUUUUAAACUUAAUACAUAAUAAUGUACAGAGACAUUUUAUCGCGACAGAUAAAAACGAUAUAUAAACCUGUAUCGCAUUAAAUACCUACGGUGUUUGUUUGUCGAGUUGAAGUACUUACAUUUUUUUUUUUUCGUUUCGGAAAAAUGCAUAUACGAUUAGAUAAUCGUCGAUUGUAGUAUAGAAAACGGUAACAACACAUAAUAGCGUAUUAUAAUAUUUCUACUUUUCGAGUAUAUAGGCAGUCACGACGAAUUAUUAAAAAAUUGAUCAUCACCCCGUCGCGUGAUUUUUCGCACGUCAACCAAAGUUUUUAAUAAAACGAUUUUUCGUAUUCCUAGUGGUCGAUUGGAUUAUUAUUAUUUUUUUUUUUUCAUAAUAUUAUCUUAUUUUUGGUAAGAUGAAGAGUUUUUACAGGGAGUGAGCAUUGGACUCGGAUUUUGAAAACUAGUUUUCGAAACGCGCUAAAAUUAUAGUUUGAUGUGCUUUUUGAUAAAAUAAUCGAAAACCGUAAUAGAUUUCAAUUUGUAAGAAGUUAUCUUUCAAAAGAUAACAAAAAAAAAUAACGUCGAAAUCGGACGUUUUUGCGAAGCAAAAGAGUUAACGCUGUAAUCCGUGCUUUGAACAAAAAAAACAGAUCGUGCGCAGACCUCUUAAUAUAAAAUUUAAAACUGAUCGAUUUUUCGUUACGAAUCGUUAAGACUUGUAUUGGUAAUCGUUGACAAUUUGAAAAAAAAAAACCUACUAACAGGGCCCUUAAACGACAUUUUAAUUGAUUUACAGGCGUCCAACAGACGUCUCGGCCUGUCGUGCACCAACUGCGGCACCCGGAUGACCACGCUCUGGAGGCGGAACAACGACGGCGAGCCCGUGUGCAACGCCUGUGGUCUGUACUACAAACUCCACAGUGUCAACAGGCCACUGACUAUGAGGAAGGACGGCAUCCAGACGCGCAAGAGGAAACCGAAGAAACAACCCUCGUCGUCGUCGUCGUCGUCGUCCGGCAACGGGUCCGCAAACACGGAGAACAACAGGCAGUCGUCUUCCGCAGCUUUAGAUCUAUUAGGUAUGUGUGUAGUUGUGUCCGGUACGGAUCCGGAGCAAAGAUUUGGGGGAGGGGGACAGCAAUGUUUUUACAACGCAAAUACAAUUACACUAUAAUAUAAUAUUACCAUGCGUAUCUGUGUUUGAAAUAUCAGGACCUAUAGAAUUAUAAAAAAAAAAAAAAUCGAAGAUAUAAUAUGUCUGGGGAGAAGCCUGCGCUCAUAGACCCCCCUGGAUUCGUCCCUGAGCUGUGCGUAUAAUGUUAAUCGAGCAAUGUUAACAUUCGGUUCUAUGUUAACGUAACCGGUACUGCACGGAAAGGAUCGCGUUUCCACUGCGAACAAUAUGGAAAAAUCCGUAUUGAAAUUCGACUAAAAUGUAACCACUUCGAUCCGCAUAUGAAAUACCUCCGAUUCUCAAGUUCAAGCUAAUUUCGCCUUGAUAAAAGAUCUACAAGAUUAAUACUUAGAGGCACCUACAUCAUUGUAACUAUUAAAACUGUAAAGUCGCAUGAUAAUAUCAUGGACGUAAAAUGAAUACACUAGGAAUGUAGUGAAUAUAGUUAAAGCCAACAUAUGCGCGAGAGAGACAGACUAGAUGCGUUUUAUUGUUCGUGGCAGAAUAAAUAUGUUUCGUUUUGUUUUACGAUAAUUUAUUUAAAAACAAAAAUACUGGAAAUCGUAGACUGAACUAUAUAAACGCAAUGGCCGAUUCGACUUGCCGUGUCAAAUCAUGUGCCGUAAUCACGAUGAAUGCGAAUCAGGUAUUAUAUUCACAAGAUGCGAUAUCACUGUUUUUAACGAUUAGAUAGUCUUUGGCGAAACAUCAAGUGUCCUUUUCAUAUCACUGCGUUUCAUGAUUUUAUGAUCGUUCCUGGUUUAUUUAUUUUAUGUCUAUGUACAGUAUCAUGUAAUAACAUAUCUGAAACUUUAGUUCUAACACUGUAGAAAACCGCACUGAAAAACGAUUUUGCAGUAAUUUUAAUCGAUUAUUUUUUCGGAUGAUCUAAUCAGGGACGAGUAGUGUUUUCCAAGGAGGAGCAACGAAUAGGCAAUUUUUUUCUUACCCGUUUGAUGUGCGAGUUGUUGCUUAGCCACGAUAUAAAUCGACGGACACGAUAAUUGUAUAAAACGAUACGAACCCGUCGAUUAUAUUUUCUUCGAGUUUCCUGCCGUGUUAGUAUGGUCGAUUUUCGUUUUAUUUCGGAAUAAACGUUAUUAAAUUUUCAGUAUUAUCGAAGCAGCAAAUUCGUUUCGAUAAACGUGACGUGUCCCAAUUUCGAAUCAGUGUCGAGGAUUCUGGCUUUUUAUUUUCGAAAAAAAAAAAAAACAUUUUAGCGUUCCGAUAUUGUCUUUUGAUCGUGUCCUACAAUCGAAUUUUUCGGCCGUCUCCCAAACUCGUUAACCCGGUGACGCAUUUACCGACACCGGGUAUCCGAGUUCAGCCCGAAGGGUAGUACGUACCCCCGACCCGUCGCGGUUUUUCGUGUACUAUGGGUUUUCGGGUUUACACACGCUCGGGACGCCGACUUCCUUGGAGCGUUACCGGGGUCACGUUUCGGAAAACUCCUAGAACCUCCGGAAACCAAGUUCGAACCGGAACUCCUGUACGCAGCGUACGCGACCCGGUGUUCGAACGGCGUGGUUUCGGUCCGUCUCGCGAACGUCCGACCCGGGCGCGGUCACGUCCGGGCGACGGUUUAACCUUACUGAUAAUAUCAUGACACCACAUUCGCGCGGCGUCGGCUGCACACGAUAUUGUUAUUACGUUCUCCUUGUACCAACUGUUGUAAAAUAUAGACAUACGUGACCGAAGUCACAACAACAAACAAUGAUUUAAUACGGUACGCCUAUACGCCUGUUAUUGUUAUUGUGCAGAGUACGCCGAGCGCGCGUGGCACGAAACCGGACGACGCGACACACCGCCGCAGCAUAUUACGCUGCGCGAAUGAGCAUUAAAAGACCUUUUUUUUUUUUUUUUUUUUUUUUUUAUAUAUUCUUUGUCGAUCGUACGAGUUCGCCGGCGUUUCGACGGAUAUAGAAACAAAAUUUUUGAAAAAACAAUAGCGUAACAAAGUGCGCGGCGUUGCCGUUUGCCGUGUUAAACGGUUCCGAAUUAUUAACCUACGUGCGAAAUGUAUCGUUAUUCGAAUAACCACAAUAAUAACGCAAAUACCGCGGUACGAAUUAGAAAAUAACACCAUUACGCGGUGUCGUAUGCGUGUUUUGAUAAAAAAAAAUAAAUAAUCAGACCAGCUGCUGCAGAUUGUACUGACUUGUGUCUGUUUCCAAUUUAUCUCAAAUACAAUUGUGAGGAUUAAUAAUUUUUACGAUUCGAAUGCGGGCAGCGAGCUUCGAUAUUCAUACAAUAUGGAAUUUCGUUCGAUUGAGUUAAUUUUAGUCUCUGAAUUUCUGUUUGCGUUUCGAGUUAGUAAUGUUAAUACUCUGAUGACUGCACCGAUACGACGGCGAGACGUAGCGGCUCGUGUGACCUCGGUGUAAUAUUGGUCAUUGGCCGGUACACGCGGUGCAUGCGUGAAAAUAAUAAAUUACGAAAUUUCGGUUCGGACGUGUGAAAAUAUCCUAUGUUCAAUCGUGUCGCUAAAAAGGCGUACGCUUGGCCGUCGUAUGCUCAACCGUGUUUCAUCAGUAACGCCGGUAACAAUACUGACGAAACGACGGCGUACCGUAAUAAUAAUAGAAAUAUUGACCCGACCUGUUGUAGGAUCGUCAAAAAGCGUAUCUCUAGAUUAUAAUUAGCGCUCUUGCGACGGUAUGGACUUUAUAUCCUAAGACCGUGUCCCGGAGUAAAAGGAUGAAAAAAAAAAAUUGCCAAAUAAUUUAUGAUGCAUAUUAGUUGUCGCUAAAUUGCGAAUUGUAAUGCAAUAUUCGUUAAAUGAACGGACAAAAGUCGUUCGUAUAAUAAUAUUGAACGGGACCGUGGCUCGUACACGUAAAAUCGCACGGGGUCCGCUCCGUCAGACCAUUUAUAUUAAAUCUUGUUUAUUUCACGGAAAAGAAAAAAAAAAUUGUGAUUGUCUCGCACUUUACAUUUUAGUAUUCGAAUACUAUGUAGAGAAUAUUUCGGUUUUUCUAUUUCUUUCUACAUUUAAUCGACUACCGCGCAAUUAUAUAGAAUUUUACGCGGGCCAAAAACACACAAACGAAAAAUACGGCUAUGAAAUUAUUUUCUGAAUCCCGUCAAAUGACGAGGCGCGGUAAUCUUUUGUCGAUAUCGAACCCACGGUGCUCGGUAAAUACCACUAAAUAUCAAACUUUUCGGUAUCGAAAAAAUCAGCAAAAAUAGGAGCACACGCCGGUAACAGGAGGGCGUGUUUAAACACACAGACAAUUAAGUUGUUAAUGUCUACUAAAAGACAGGCCCAGACGCCCUUUUAAAACGUAACCGAAUCAACACGGGUUCGUUAAAUGGGCGCGUACCGCGUUCGAGGCACGCGUGCUUUGUGCGCGAGCGAUUUUAUCGAUUUCCACGAUAAACAUCAUUAAAAAACCGUUUCGCUGUUUUUUUUUUCCCUUUCUUCUCGCUUUUCCCGAAGAAAAGUCGAACAUUUGAUAGACGAAACCCCUGUUAAACGAAACGCCGGGCGAAACGUUAACGCGCCGGUGGCUCUGACGGUCUGUACGAUCGAUCGAUUACAUUUGUUCGAUUUUCGGUUUUUUUUCAGUGAACAAACAUCAUACGGCGGCGGCAGCGGCGGCGGCGGCGGCGGCGGCUGCGGCGGCUGCGGCGGCGGCGUCGGCUUCGGUCGACAUAAAACACGAACACUACGACGGGACGGCCGAACACUUCCUAAUCCCCGGUCCGCCGGUCGGCCACCCGCACCACCACCACCACCACCACCAUCAUCCCCAGCUCGGCGGGUUCGGUUUCCCGCUGGCGCAGGCCCCGGGGCCGGCCCACCACAACGGCUACCAGCACGUCCUGUUGAACGGCCACGUCAACAACAAACUUAUGGCGUCCUAAUGCCGCGGACGCGAAAACGGGGGGGCGGGGGCGGGGAGAGGAGUGCGCCGCGACUGCACGCUGUACAUUUUUAUUAACAUUGUUAUCAAUAUUAUUAUCGCUAUUAUCGUCAUUAUCAUUAUUGUAUUUCAUCGUUAAACGCCGUGUGAUCGCGAUAUUGUAACGGUGCAUGAAAAUCAUUGUUAUUCGAUAGGCUUUCGGAUUUUCGAUAAAAAAAAAAAAAACCCGCGAACUUUUAUAUCCGAAAAAAAAUACGCCGACAAUAAUUCCAGAGUCGGUUUCGAAUUAUCGCAAAACACAUUUGCCGCACGCACGCUCUUUCUUAUCACCUCGCGGGAACUCUUCUGCACGGUUUUCAUCGUUUACGAAAAAUCCGGUUUCCAUUGAAUUACACUCAAAUCGCGAACAGGCGAAAUUCACCGUCCGUAGUGCGGGGCGUUUUUCGCGUUCGAUUCACAAAAAAAAAAUUUGUUUUUAAUUUUUUUCAAAAUUAGCUGUUUUUCCCCUUUUAUUUAAAUAACGAUUGUUUUUUUUUUUUAAAUGUAUAUAUUUAUAUUAUAUUAUAUCAUAGGUAUAGGAUCGACUAUUAAUUUAUAUACAUUCGCGAAAUAAUAUGCAUACAUAAAAAUAUUAUACAUUAUAGAAAAAUAAGUAAAUUUAUUAUAAUAACAUAAUAUACUAUUAAAAUUGUAAAUAACUAAAUGAAAAGAAAAAAAAAAAAUCAGUUUUAUAAAAAUGAAUAAAAUAUAUUAUAUUGUAUAUUAUUGAUUGUAUAUCGUGUUAUUGUCCAAAAUGUAUAAUCGUGUGAACCAUAGCAAGGUUGCAGAACACGUCGAAGAAUACAAUAAAAUGUUUACUCGGUCAAGUCAACGUAUUCGAAGUCAAAUGUUUUAUUGGCUAAUAACCGAGUUUGGUGUUAAUUUAAAAAAAUGUAAACUAUUAAUUUACG